AUGGACCAUACACCGGAGGAGCACGAUACAGAUUACAGCGAUAGCGUUGUGGUAGAUGCGGAUCUGACACCGGUAACGCCUCGAAAGGGCAGUUUACCCAUAAAGAUACCCGAAAUGAGGUUCAAUUAUGUGUUCAACAAUGCAUUAAAAGCGGAGGCUGCAAGACACAACGUUGCGGAACCAACUACAUGGAUGGUAUGUAAAGUUGUGUGUAAGGAUGUGUUACUGAUGCCCUUUCUACAGAGUUUUUUGUGGACUGCGUUAUUGAUUUCUAUGAAAACCCCACUAAAAAACGCUUUGAACUACACCAAGAGGAUGUGUAGUGCGCUAUUCACAAACGUUUCAGGUGCCAAUAUGUACAAACCAAAGGGUAAGAAAUCCAUGUAA